AUGUCGGAGAAAUCUACGGCGGGGCGUGCGUCAGGAGCGGCUAUGAAUGCACCAACAUCCACUGCCACCGCCGCCACCACACGCAGCUCGGCACCACACCUAGAUGGGACAAAUCGCUGCGCUAUUGCACUCAUUGUCUACCUAGCGCUGUUCCUGGACAAUGUGCUGUUAACCGUGAUAGUGCCUAUUUUGCCGGAAUACUUGGCCAGCCUGGACCAAGUCGCACAGCCGCCUGCGCUGCUUCAACUCGAGGCAGGCGUGACGCAGACGCCGCAACCACAGCAGUUGUCCUACAACCAUCGCCAGCCGGAGAGCGGGCAACAGCUGUACAUGACCAAGCAUCCCAUUCCAGGCAAAUCGAUGGUGAACUUCACAUUGCAGCAGCUGACGAGUGAGGCGCCUCCGCUCAACGCUGUCACUCUGGCCAAUGUGGGCAACCACUCAAGUGGCAGUAAUGUCAGCGAAUACAACAAUAGCAACAACAGUAGCAGUCUAGAGCGAGAGAAUGGAUCCAUUGGGCUGCUGCUGGCCAUGAAAGCGCUCGUCCAAUUGAUUUUCAAUCCCAUUGUGGGAAAUCUGUCCAGUAAGUUUGGCUACCGACUGCCCAUUGUGGUGGGAACGUUUUGUCUGCUGCUCUCAUCUCUGGUUUUUGCUGUGGGCGAGUCCUAUUACACAAUGUUGCUGGCGCGGGCCAUUCAGGGCAUAGGUAGUGCCUGCAUUGGAGUGUGCGGCAUGAGUCUGGUGGCGCAACAUUAUCCUGAGGAGGCGCGACGCUCCAAAGUCAUGGGCAUUAUAUUGGGAAGUAUUGCACUUGGGGUGCUGAUCGGAUAUCCAUUCGGCGGAAUACUGUACGAUCUGGUUGGCAAAUCGGCCCCCUUCAUAAUACUGUCAACAAUAAUAUUUCUGAAUCUGGGACUACAACUGCUGACGAUGGACCUGUCCGUGCAGCCGGAGGUGGUUGUGGAGCAGCAGCCCAAAUGGCGACCAUUGCUGGAAUGUAAAAUGAUAUUGGCCAUUGUGGUGGCCAUCUGGUUCUCUACGUCGACCAUGGCCAUAUUGGAGCCCUGUUUGCCCAUCUGGCUGAUACAGUAUUUGAGGCCGACGAAAUGGCAGCUGGGCACUGUUUUCAUUCCGGACUCCCUGGGCUAUUUUGUGGGCACCAACUUCUUCGGCAGCAUUGCCUAUCGCUAUGGCCAGGUGAAAAUUUCAUGCAUAAGUCUGCUGCUUGUGGGCAUAGCGUCGAUUUUGAUACCGAGUGCUACGACUGUGGCUCAGUUAUUAUUGCCUCAUUUUGUUCUCGGCCUUGGCAUUGGGGUUAUUGAUGCUGCCCUAGUGCCAUUGCUGGCUACCUUUGUGGACGCAACGCUGGCGCAGGAAGAGCACAGUGAUAAUGACAGCGGCGGCUCCAUGUCCAGCUACGGCACGGUCUAUGCCAUCCAACAAACAUCGGUCAGUCUGGCCUAUUGUCUUGCUCCGCUAAUUGGUGGGGAGUUGGCUCAAACCUUUGGCUUUGCUUGGCUGAUGCGAACUGUGGGUCUGUUUAAUAUGCUCUAUGGCCCCAUUCUGGUCUAUCUAUAUCAGAAGUAUGACCCAAAGAGCCUGCGGGAACAGCAGAACGAUCUGCUUUUGCAGAGCAGCGGGCGUGGCUCGCGUUACAAGCAACUUUACAACUCCAUGGACAUGGAGUAGGUUCGCUAUGCUGGCAUCGGCCCAAUCUUUAGCUAAUCCUAAGCAAUAUUCAUGAUAGUGUAAUAAAAAAGUCUCUUUCUCUCUCUGUCUCUCUUUAUUAAUCAAUAAAAGCAAGAGCUGCAAUCGCAGCUGGCUCGUA